GGGAUAUUUCGUGAAGAGGAGGUGGGCUGACGAUGCGGACGUCUGUUGUUCUGCUGGUGUUGCUGGCUGCAGCUUCACACACUGCAGCAAAGCCUAAAAACCGUUUCACUCGCUACCCGUCAUGGAACACUAAAAUGUACCCGAUCUGGAAAGAUGGAGACCCCCGAUACAAAGACUCCUGGAAAGGUGGAAGAGUGACUUUCAACGUAGGCAACGAUUCGCCAACUCUGACCGGAGCCAAAGUGACCUUCACCAUCGACCUGGAGUUCCCACACAACCAGAAGGUGCAGCCCGACGGAGACGUCGUUUGGGCUGAAGACUGCAUCGUCAAUGGAACAAAGUACCAUGAGUCCGAACCAGUAUACCCAACCAAGAACACAGACUGGGAGGCUGUUUUCCCCGAUGGGUCGCCAGUUAAGAAGGACAAGAAGCCGAACUAUGUGUUUGUCUGGAAGACCUGGGGUCAGUACUGGCAGGUGGCGGACGGCUCCUCCUCCUCCCUGACCAUCGGCACAGAUGACAUCCCGCUGGGCUCCUACACCAUGGACAUCGUCAUCUACCACUACAGGAGCAAGGAGAAGUUCAUUCCCCUGGGAUAUGCCUCCACUCAGUUCUCCAUCACCGAUCAAAUCCCCUUCGCCGUCUCCCUGGACCAAGUGAACGACAUCGUGGCCGGAGACAUGCGCUUCAUCCAGAACAGGGCGAUUGCAUUCACCAUCACCCUGCACGACCCCAGCGAGUACCUCAGCAGCGCAGACAUCACCUUCAACUGGGACUUCGGGGAUGAAAGCGGAGCCCUCAUAUCCAGAGAGCUCACCGUCACUCACACCUACAUCAACUCCGGCUCAUUCAAGCCUCAGGUGGUGAUCCAGGCCGUCAUCCCAGAUAAGGCCUGCGACCCACCAGUUGACACCCCAACCAAGGCCCCCGGUCCCCCUGCUGACCGGGGCACCACAGUGAAAGCUCCUGCACUGGCGUCUGCUGUCCCCUUACUGGUUUCCACCAAGGCGACUGGUCUGAAUGUCAACAUGGUUCCUUCAGACACAGAGGAGGACAACGCUGAGGAUGAGGCCUCCACCGCCUCCAACACUCAGCCCGGACAGGAAGCACCCACAGUGGACAAGACUCCCUCCCUCGCCAGCCACCACCUGCCUGCUGACAGCGAGGCUGCGACCGACUCAAAGCGAACGGUGACGCUGACAGGUCGAGCCGCCGUGGUCCUGGUCGCCAAGAGGGACGCUGACGACAAACCCUCCGAUGACGACUGCGUCAUUUAUCGUUAUGGCUCCUUCUGCACUGGCAUCGAAGUGUUUGAGGGCAUUGAGAAAGUGGAGAUCGUACAAAUGGACAACGCUGUGAUGGCGACACCUGAAAUGGACAGAAAUGUUCUGGAUAUCACUGUCACCUGCCAGGGAAGCCUUCCGAAGGAGGUGUGCAGCGUGAUCCUGGAUGCAGAGUGUCUGAGGCCGAUUCAGACGGCGUGCAACAUGGUGGAGCCCUCCAAAGAGUGCCAGCUGGUGCUGCGUCACUUCUUCAAUGACUCCGGCGUCUACUGCAUCAACGUGUCGAUGGCCAAUGACGUCAGUUUAGCCGCCACCAGCGCCAAAGUCAACGUCGAUAUUGGUUCAGCUCUGUCCUCUCCUGGCACUGUCGCCACAGUGUUGGGUGUCCUGGUAUUCGUUCUCGCUGUAGGAAUAGUGGCAUAUUCUUACAAACGCUUUAAGUCGUACCGGCCCCUGAAGGAAGACGUGGUUGUGUCUGCGGGCCCUCAGCCCAGCCGGGCUCACAGCUGCUCUGUGGCCUCGAUGUUCUGGGGUCUUCUGAACAGACGUGGAGCUGUGGACGACUGCCCUCUGCUGCAGGACAGGCCGGUGUGA